CUGGAAUUCCCAUUCCCAGAUGGCAUUCCGGUACCUGUCGUGGCUGCUGUUCCCCCUGCUGGGCUGCUACGCCGUGUACAGCCUCCUGUACCUGGAGCACAAGGGCUGGUACUCCUGGGUGCUCUCCAUGCUCUACGGCUUCCUGCUCACCUUUGGCUUCAUCACCAUGACCCCCCAGCUGUUCAUCAACUACAAGCUGAAGUCGGUGGCCCACCUGCCCUGGAGGAUGUUGACCUACAAGGCCCUCAACACCUUCAUCGACGACCUGUUCGCCUUCGUCAUCAGGAUGCCCAUGAUGUACAGGAUAGGCUGCCUGCGGGACGACGUGGUGUUCUUCAUUUACCUCUACCAGCGCUGGAUCUACCGCGUCGACCUCACGCGCGUCAACGAGUUCGGCCUCAGUGGGAGGAGCCUCCGGGACCCCCAAACCCCCUUUCCCCCCAGCGGGAACCCGGUGCUGAAAUUCAUCCGCAACGUCCCCUGGGAGUUCGGGGACGUCAUCCCUGACUACGUGCUGGGCCAGAGCACCUGUGCCCUGUUCCUCAGCCUGAGGUACCACCACCUGAACCCCGAGUACAUCCACGAGCGGCUGCGGCGCCUCGGCCGCUCCUUCGGCCUGCAGGUGCUGCUGCUGCAGGUGGAUGUGGUGCUGCUGCUGCAGGUGGACGUGAAGGACCCCCAGCAGUCUCUGAAGGACCUGGCCAAGGUUUGCAUCCUCACCGACUGCACCCUCCUGGUGGCCUGGAGCCCCGAGGAGGCCGGGAGGUACCUGGAGACCUACAAGGCCUACGAGCAGAAACCCCCGGACCUGCUCAGGGAGAGGGUGGAGCACGACUUUGUGUCCAGGAUGACGGACUGCCUGACCAGCGUCAAGUCCGUGAACAGGACGGACGUGCUGAGCCUCCUCAGCGCUUUUGGGUCUCUGGCGGGCGUGGUGGGCGCGGCCCGCGAGGAUUUGUCCCUCUGUCCUGCGUGGAACCCAGAAGGUGACACUGGGGGGGCCAAGCGACUCUUCGAUGUCCUGCACGAGCCCUUCCUGAAGAGCCCCCGCUGA